AUGUUCCUCCAACAAGGCCCUCCCGAAUCACCACCUGUUUGUAAUCUGCCCGAACCACAAGGCGCCAACCCAUUCGCCGAUCAGGCACGGUGCAAACCUGGAGACGAAAUAGCCCAGGAUGUGAAUUCGUCAGAACGCGGCCCUGGUAGGCAAUUGCAAAUACGGGUGGACACAGUGGAGACGGUUGCCCGCCUGCCAUCAUUCAAUCGAUGCGGCUAAACAGAAGCAGCAGCAGCAGCAGCAGCAGCAGCAGCAGCAGCAGCAGCAGCAGCAGCAGCAGCAGCAGCAGCAGCAGCAGCAGCAGCAGCAGCAGCAGCAGCAGCAGCAGCAGCAGCAGCAGCAGCAGCAGCAGCAGCAGCAGCAGCAGCAGCAGCAGCAGCAGCACGGAGCUGGCUGCAUGACGAAUGUCCGCACAACGUCAGAACGUGACCCUGGUGGGUGGACACAGUGGAGACAUUUGGCUGCGCGGUUGAGGUGAUAACUAGCUCGGUUUUGUCCCUGCAGUCGACUGACUGCAUCUGAAAGGCCAUCAUCCAGUCGAUGCAGCUACACAGCAGCAGCAGCAGCAGCAGCAGCAGCAGCGGCAGCAGCAGCAGCAGCAGCAGCAUCAGCAGCAGCAGCAGCAGCAGCAGCAGCAGCAGCAGCAGCAGCAGCAGCAGCAGCAGCAGCAGCAGCAGCAGCAGCAGCAGCAGCAGCACGGAGCCGGGUGCAUGACAAAUGUCCGCACAAGUACAUGCAGAUUCAGGCGUCUGCGCCUGACAGAGUCUCUAAAUCAUGAACAGCAGUAA